AUGGAGUUCUAUGAAUGGAGAAUGGACCACGCUCUGAGAUUUGCUCUGAUGCUGAUUCUUCUUGCCAUAGUUCAUCCAUCUUCCAGGUCAUAUGACUUCGAGCAUUGCAAAAAUUCAGUGAAGCAAUGGGCAUCUUCUUCCCUUCAUUUAGACACCAAAGAUGGUCAUAUUCUCAAGGACAUGCUCUUUUUCCUUCAUGUCCCAAGAACUGGAGGCCGAACUUAUUUCCAUUGCUUCUUAAUGAAACUCUAUUCUAGUGCUCUAGAAUGCCCUCAAUCUUACGACAAAUUACGAUUUAAUCCCCACAAACCAGGUUACAGACUAUUUGUAACUCAUGAUGAUUAUAGCAUGAUGUCCAAACUUCCAACAGAGAAAAAUUCAGUAGUAACAAUCUUAAGGAACACUAUUGAGCGAGUUUUCAGUGCUGAUGAAUUUUCAGUAGAAGUAGCUACUAGGUUUUUAGUGCAUCAAAAUUUGACCUCAGUAUUGAAAAUGUCUUCAAGAAUACGUUCCAAAAAUGGUGGCAUAAGCACUCUUGAGAUUUGGCCAUGGAAGUAUCUUGUUCCUUGGAUGAGAGAGGAUCUUUUCACUCGAAGAGAUGAAAGAAAGAGAAGGGGCCCACAUUAUACAUAUGGGAAUGAUUCAUAUGAUAUGGAGGAAAUUGUUAUGCCAUUACAUGAAUACAUUAAUCACCUUGUAGCUAUGGAUAUUGUUCACAAUGGUGCUACAUUCCAGUUUGCAGGUUUGUCAAAUAAUUCUAAUAUUCGUGAGGCACAUGAACUUCGCCAAUGUGUAAUAACACAUGAGAUUCGUGGGAAAUAUGUGCUUAAAGUUGCAAAGAAAAGGUUGGAUGAUAUGUUAUAUGUUUGGAUCACAGAGGAUCAUAGAGAAUCUGCUACAAUGUUUGAAAAUGUUGUUGGAGCACAAGUUAUUUCUCAGUUAAUGGCAUCAACUGCAAAUAAUAAUAAUAAUAAUAAUAAUAAUACAUCAGAACAGGGUCCUUCAGUUUCUGAUUCCACCAAUGAUACAACUGAUGAUCAGGAUGGAGAAGCUUAUGCUUACCUGCUUAAUGUUCUUUCACCAGAACAUUGCAGCCCAGCCACAUUGGAUAAUGGAUACCAAGGAUCCAGUUGA